AUGCGUGUCCGCACCUGGUUCAACCAACCAGCCCGUGCCGAAAGACGUCACAACACCCGUGUCGCCAAGGCCGCCAAGGUCUUCCCAAGACCAAUUACCACCCUCAAGCCAAUCGUUCGUUGUCCAACCGUCCGUUACAACAUUAAGUCCAGAGAAGGUAAGGGCUUCACCCUCGAGGAAAUCAAGGCUGCUAAGAUCUCCGUCAACUAUGCUCGUUCCGUUGGUAUCUCUGUCGAUCUCCGUCGUACCAACCUCUCCAAGCAAUCUUUGGAAUUAAACUCCCAACGUCUCAAGGAGUACAUGAGCAAGCUCGUUGUCUUCCCAGUCAAUGGCCGUAAGCCAACCAAGACUGAAGCCACCAAGGAACAACAAGAAGCUGCCGUCCAAAACCUCAACGUCCUCCCAUACACUGCUCCAGUUGUCACUGAAGCCCCACGUAAGGUUACUGAAGAAGAGAAGAAGUUCAAGGCCUACACCACCCUCAGAGCCACCUGGGCUAAGGCUAAGUACUGCGGUAUCAGACUCAAGGCCAAGGCAAAGAAGGCUGAAAAGAAGGAUUAA